AUGAAAUUAAGCAAAUUCGCCCAAAUUAAAUUUUAUCCCGCUCUCACCGUCACUAAUAUUAAGUCUCUCGUACCCGUAAUAUUAGACAAUGAGCAAGGCUUGUAUCAUUCUUGGGCUACUCUGUUCAUCAAUCUUGCUAGGGUUUAUGAUCUUUACUAUCAUUUGGUUUCACCCACAGAAGCGUCGGCUCUGGCUGCCUACACUACGGCCAAGUCGGCUGAUCCGGCUCUUUGGAAGCAUUUGGAUGCUGUUAUAUUGCAAUGUAUUUACACUACCAUUGCUCCUGAUCUUCUUCUAGUUAUCCUCAAAUGCAAUGACACAAGGUUGGCUGAUGUUGAUGCUCCGGUGACUAAUAGUCAUCUGGUUUUACGUCUUACCGGCUCUUUACCGGAGGUGUAUAGUUGUACGGUGGAUUUUAUACAAAAUCAAGAGCCAUUGCCCCCCUUUGAAAGUUGUCAUUCCAAGUUGAAAAUGGCUGAGCGUACCAUAAAGGCUCGUCAAGCUCGUGAAAAUAGUAUGUCCGGAAGUCGGGCCGAUAGCUCUGCCAUAGUUGCCACACCUUCUUCCUCUUCGAAUGACUCCUUUGCUAGCAACAAAAGAAACAACAAUAAUAAAAACAGGAAUAAUUCGAAAUCAAAUGACAAGAAAAAGGCGACUCAACAAAGCCCAAGUGGACCCAGUCUAAAUCAGCCGCCACAUUAG